UGCUAGACUGAGGUUAGCAGAGUGUCUGUUGCUAGAAACUGAUUAUAUGCAGUAUGUGAGCAUCUUUCAUUCAAAAUGGGCAUCAGUAUAUUGAGUAGGAAUGAGAGCUUUUAGAAAUGCAUUAUUUGACUAAAUAACAUGUUUUUUUAAAUGGAUGAAGAGACGCUGAGCUUUCUUACAUUAAUACUAACUCCUAUUUUAUUGGUAUCUAGACCUUUACAUUUUUCAAGCUCAUAUUAGAGCCCUUUAAAAACAGAAGCAAGAAGAAUCUGCCUAGUUACGUCAAGAAGUGCAUCAUUAUCAUCACUAUGAACGUGUCUUUCUCCAGAUCAGUUUAGGUUUCUGAAAUGUUUGUUUCUGUCUUUUGAAUUCAGAUUGAUCUACAGAGAGCACAGAUCAAUACAGCUUUUUAUUUUUAUUUCCUGUCAAUUCUAAAAUGCCAUCCAAAGAGUCUUGGUCAGGGCAAAAAGCUAAAAGAUCUGCAGUUCACAACUCAAAACAAGAGAGCCGUCAACAAGAUUUAUUGAUAGCAGCCUUGGGAAUGAAACUGGGUUCUCAGAAGUCAUCUGUGACAAUUUGGCAACCUCUUAAACUCUUUGCUUAUUCACAGUUGACAUCACUUGUCAGAAGAGCAACUCUGAAAGAAAAUGAACAUAUUCCAAAAUAUGAAAAGGUUCACAAUUUCAAGGUUCACACGUUCAGGGGUCCACACUGGUGUGAAUACUGUGCCAACUUUAUGUGGGGCCUCAUUGCUCAGGGAGUAAAAUGUGCAGAUUGUGGUUUAAAUGUUCACAAGCAGUGUUCCAAGAUGGUCCCAAAUGACUGCAAGCCAGAUCUGAAGCAUGUCAAAAAAGUGUACAGCUGUGACCUUACAACGCUAGUAAAAGCACACAUCACUAAAAGGCCAAUGGUGGUAGACAUGUGUAUUAGAGAAAUUGAAUCUAGAGGUCUUAAUUCUGAAGGACUAUACAGAGUUUCAGGCUUUAGUGACCUAAUUGAAGACGUCAAAAUGGCAUUUGACAGAGAUGGGGAAAAAGCAGAUAUUUCUGUGAAUAUGUAUGAAGAUAUCAAUAUUAUCACUGGUGCACUUAAAUUGUACUUCAGGGAUUUGCCAAUUCCGCUUAUCACAUACGAUGCCUACCCAAAAUUUAUAGAUUCUGCAAAAAGCAUGGAUCCUGAUGAACAGUUGGAAACACUUCAUGAAGCAUUGAAACUACUGCCACCUGCACACUGUGAAACCUUAAGGUAUCUCAUGGCACAUUUAAAGAGGGUAACCCUUCAUGAAAAGGAGAAUCUCAUGAAUGCAGAGAAUCUUGGCAUUGUUUUUGGACCAACCCUUAUGCGAGCACCAGAACUAGAUGCAAUGGCUGCACUGAAUGAUAUCCGUUACCAGAGACUUGUGGUGGAGAUGCUUAUAAAAAAUGAAGACAUUUUAUUUUGAAUAUUUUGUUUUGUUCUUUCUAAAAAAGGAAACAACAAUAUUCUGUGGAGGAAGGAAUAUUUUAAUGUAAUUUAACUGGCUCUUGUAGCUGAAUUCCAUAUUUGCUAGAGCUUUUGAUGUAUACAGGAUAAAAAUGAAGGAACUCAGUGUCGCUUCUGUAGUGCCAUUCAGCUGAUGUUGAAAAAAGGUUAACACAUUUUCCAGUACUAGUAAUCCUGGGUGUUUAUCAUGUUUAAAGCAAAAAUCUAAAGCUCGAUUGCAUGAUUGUCUUCCUGUUCUCCCUGUUUUGAUGAAGAUCUUUCUGCAAAAGAAACGAGAACCGGUGCAGCAUCUUUUAUAAGCAUCUUUGUUCUGGAUAGUAUGUGACUGUAAUUUAGCUUGUUUCUCAGUGUAAACCUAUUGUGAAUUUGCUUUUAUGUUCUAUGUAAUUGGUUUCUGAUACUAAAAAAGAAUGAUUUCUGUGAAAUAGGGCUUCUGGCUGUAUGUUGACAUUUCCUAUCAUUGUUUUCCCACUUUCUUGGGUGAUUUCUUCCUGGUUUCUCUCAGUUCUUUAACAUGUAGUGAUUUGUUUUUAACAGAAACAAAAUGUGUACUUUGUCACUUUAAGUAAUUCUUCACGCCUUUUAUUGUGGUUGCAGUAAAAUCUGCAACACUGUACAAUAUUUCCUUUAUUGUUGUUUCAAUUGUAAUUUUGUAUUUUUAUCUGGCAUGCAUAUAUUAAUUUAUUAAAUUUUGCUAUUAGAAAUCUCA